GCACUGAACAAGGGAAAGAAAGACCAGCUGCGGGAGCCUCAGAAGGAAAAGUGUAGGGUGACUUCGGAGGAGGAUCACACUGGGAGCUCUGCACUCACUACAAGGGGUCAAGGCAAAAUUAGAGUAGGGCGGGGGAAUUUGGUUCUAAAGGAUCAGUCUAUUUUUUCUGCCCACCCAUCCCCCUUAUUUUUAAUUGCUUUAGAGAAAGAAAUACAGGAAGGAAAAACUUGUGUGGAGAGCGAGGACAGGAACAGCUGGAGUUUUCCUUGCAAGAGGGUGGGGAGCAGGGGAGGCUGUUGUGUUAGCUGUAUCCUGAGUCCUUAGAACACCUCUCCUCUUGCUCGGCAGCUUGGGCUGCACGCUGCCGUCUCAAAGGUCGCUUGUGAUAAACAUAGGACCUCCCCUCUCCGCCCCACAACCUUGGCUGCUACGGCUUUGGCUGUGACGUUCAGUCUUUUCCAUGCUGGAGAAGUAGUGGCGAGCAAUGUGAUAGACAGAGGGGGACGCUGCUGCCUUGGCUGGACCUGCUGCUACUGCAACCAUGUGUCUCUCUCUCUGGCUGUGAAACAGUAACAAGGAAAUUGGUGGGAUCUUUCUUUAUCUCCACAAGGGAAAGGUGACCUGCACAAAGGCUGGCAGCGAUGGAGGAGGACAUGGGCAGCAUGCAGCAGAAGGCUGCUGAGCUGGAGCACAUGGCUGAGGUCUUGCUCACUGGGGAGCAGUUACGGCUCAGACUGCAUGAAGAAAAGGUAAUUAAAGAUCGAAGGCAUCAUCUCAAGACAUAUCCAAACUGUUUUGUUGCCAAAGAAUUGAUUGACUGGCUAAUUGAUCGCAAAGAGGCCUCAGACAGAGAAACAGCAAUUAAACUUGUGCAGAAAUUAUUGGAUCGCAGCAUUAUCCAUCAUGUUUGUGAUGAGCAUAAGGAAUUCAAGGAUGUCAAACUUUUCUACCGCUUUAGGAAAGAUGAUGGAACUUUGCCACUGGAUAACGAGGUGAAGGUGUUCAUGAGAGGACAGAGGCUAUAUGAAAAGCUGAUGAAUUCUGAGAACACACUUUUACAAGCCAGGGAAGAGGAGGGAGUCAAGUAUGAACGGACCGUCAUGGCAUCUGAGUUGAUUGACUGGCUGAUCCAGGAAGGAGAAGUCACAACAAGGACUGAGGCAGAACAACUUGGCCGUAGACUGUUAGAGCAUGGAAUUAUACAGCAUGUGUCCAGCAAGCACCAUUUUAUGGAUAGCAAUCUGCUGUACCAGUUCAGAAUGAAUUUCCGCCGGCGACGGAGGCUGAUGGAGUUGCUCCCUGAGAAAUCCCGUUUGAUGCCAGAAAGUCACGACAGUCCCUUUUGCCUGCGCAAGCAGAACCAUGACAACCGAAAACACACCAGUUUUCAGUCAGUGAGUCCCACCAAAGAGAUAAAGAUCGUAUCAGCAGUCAGAAGGAGUAGCAUGAGCAGUUGCGGCAGUAGUGGUUACUUCAGCAGCAGCCCUACCCUCAGCAGCAGUCCCCCAGUAUUAUGCAACCCAAAAUCUGUAUUAAAGAGACCAGUGACUUCUGAUGAACUCUUGAUGCCUGGAGCACCAUAUGCAAGAAAAACAUUCACAGUUGUUGGUGAUGCUGUCGGGUGGGGUUUUGUUGUGCGAGGGAGCAAGCCAUGCCAUAUUCAAGCUGUGGAUCCCAGUGGCCCUGCAGCUGCUGCAGGGAUGAAGGUUCUUUGACUCUCAUUUUUUUUAAAUAAAAGCACUUUAGUGUUUUCUUUCCAGAUGUCACUUUAGCUAUAUUUGAUUGUGCCAAUAUGUGUAAGAACUGGAAGGGAAAACUGACCACUAUCUUGCUCCAAUGUCCAACCUGAGUCAAGUGCAAAGGAUAGAGAAAAAGCAUACAUGGUGAAAAUUGUUUUUUCUAAAUACUAUCACUUUUAAUAAUCUUCAGCUAUAAAUAACACAGGUAAAGACUUAAAAUAUCUUGACACUAUCACUUCAAAUGGGUCAUCUUAGAACAUUAAUCCUGCCUAAGUAUAAAGGUGUGAUACUUCCAGGACUUCAAACUUAUUCCUAUUCCUGUUGAUGUUUAGAACCCUGAACGUAACAGUUUACUCAAGUGGUUUGUUGCAGUCUUUAUUCUCUCUGCAUUUUACCAAUUUACGAUAAUGUGGUUCUCCUCUGAGAUGUGACUUUGUAAAAAUAGCAUUGUGGGGUUUCAUAUUUAUUGUCUAAAUGACUUCAGCUCUAAUUUGCUCAUUUCACCAGAAAACAUAGUGGGGUUUUGUUUUAAAAUGUCAUCUCUUCACUCUGGGAUGAUAAACUUAAGCUAGGUUCUGUCCAUUUCAUGCUUCAUCAACUGCAAUAGAGGUUUUACAGGCCAAAUUAUGCCUUCAGGUACACUCAUGUAACUUCAUUGUCUUCCACUUACGUCAUCAAUGAUGCAUGUGCAACGCAGUUGCUUUCAGUGGGAACUUAAUAAACAGUUUGAUAUACAAGAAGGAAUUGAAUGCAGCACACUCUUGACUCAUAGAGGCAAACAGUAAAAACUCAUUUUAGUCACUAAAAUCAGCAAAAAUUGCUCUGAACAUACACACAGAGCAGAUCUGAUAAGUUCAAUGGUGCUAUUUUAUAGUGUCUCUUUUCAGAGUAGAGCUGCACUUUAAACAUUAUGAUCAAACUUUUCAAAAAGAAGGCACCUAAGUCUGUCUAGGCACCUGUAUAGCUGGCUUGAUUUUCAGAAGUACUGAGCACUUGCCACUGCUAAUGAAAUCUGGAUGCUCGACUCCCCUGGAAUUAGGUAUUUAAUUUGAGGCACCACUUUUGAAAAGCUUGAUCUGUUUACUUAAUCUGUCUGUUUUCAAAACUCUUCUGUCUGGACUAUUUAAAGAAAGUAUGUGACAAUACAUUAUAAUGUACGUAUGCUCCCCAAAGUAAAUCUUUCCCUUUUUUAGAAGCACAGAGGCAGGCAUAUUUCCAAUAGAACAUUAGGCAUAAUAACUGCUGGCAGUGAAGAUGUGUUUUGAUGUAAGAAGCUUUGUCUGCCAGUAUUGCUCUGAGCACUGUACCAUAACAAGGAAAACUGGCUAUGAUAAAAACGGCAAAAUUUUGAAGAAAAGCCCAGACUCAGCAUGUCACUUUGUAGACGAGUUCAUUUUUGGAACUAUGCCUUAUGCAGUUUUGGCUGAUAAAACCACUUGAUUUAUUCAGUAGGCAGCAUUCUUUAAUGGUGAAAUAGACGUAGCCACCAGAGUGCACGGUGGAACAAUACACCUAGUAGAAUCUGGUGUUCAGUGCACGGCUGCUCUUUAGGAGCUGCAAAUUAGAUUUUAAAAAAGGUACAUUUUUUAUUACUAAUUUGCUGAUUGCUUCUCUAUCCUGUUUGGGGAAUUUAGCACAUAGUAUUAAGUCUGGGAGGGGGACAAAGAUCAUUGUUAAAAUAUGGAGUAUAUAUCUGAGGCCCCAGAAUAAUAACCAGCAAACAAAUAUUUAUAGUUUUAUACCUAAGGGUUUAAUAUUACACAAUUUGCUGGCAAUGCCACCCAAUCCUUUCCAUCCCAUAAAACAUGAUUGCAUACCCCUGUUCCCCCUUCCCUGACUUUCAGCUGGUAGCGGUGAGAUUUGGGAUAUUGUAUAAUCACUUAUACCCCUGCUGCUCUGAGUGCUGCUUUGGGAUUAUGGUACAGGGCUCUCUCAGUACCAUCAGGUCUGUCUACAUGGUUCUGCUUUCCAUAUGAUCUUUAAUGGCAGAGCUUGGGAGUCAGCCCCAUAAGUCUCUUCCUGCAGCAAGUUGUUUUGCAUUCACAGAUGAAUGCUUUAGAUCUGUGUUCUGAAAUGAUUCGAAGGCCACGUCCUUAGAGCGACUGAGAAACCAGGGCUUCCAUUGAUUUCAGUGGCCUUUGAGGGUACAAAGCAACUCUUAGUAUUUGGCCUUCAGACGCUAAUCCUGCAAGGUAUUAAAUCGCUCUUGUGAGAUGACUGCAAAGGAAACUGAGCAUAUCAAAAGGAUGCUCUCACCAUCUUACAGGAUUGAGCCCCAAGUGACUGAGUGAAAGAGACCAUGGAUAAAUAUUUACAUAGUAUAAUAGCAUGUCGUGCUGUUGAGGCAGAUGCAGUUCACUCUUAGAAUUCCCAUUUUAUACAAAAUUGUUACUGAUUAUAUAAAAACACCAAAUGACAUGGGCUGUCGUCUGGUUCCAAUUACUACGUGAAAACACUGAAGCCUACUGAUAUUUCAGUAGGGUUGUGUGAUCGAAUGACUGCUGAAUUUGAUAAUUACAUUAGACAGAGAUUCAAUUCAGAAAUGCCUUUAUUUAGGAAGGGUGAACAAUCAAAAAGUUGGUGACAAAUGUGUUACAUGGCACGUGGGUAGCUAUGUUAUUAAACGCAGGCUAUAUGGAGGGAGGCAGACAUAAAUAUACGUAAUAACAGACUGUGGUUAGUGUUACUAAUGUCAUGCUUGGAAUAUAUAUGUGCCCACAAUUUUUAAACAUGACACCUAUGUAUAAUGGGCCCAGUUUUCAGUUGCUCAGCACCUGCUGGUCUCAUCUACUUCACUGGGUUUGUGAGUGCUUAGCUCUUCUGAAAGAUCAGGCCUUUUUAUACGUAGGUGUCUGAAUAUGGCCUUAGGAGGCUAAAUUCAGUGAGCCAGGCUUGAAAGUUUUUACCAUAAAACCUGUUCUACAGUAAACCAGUUUGGUUUUGAUUUAAAUUGACAAAAGGAAGAAAACUUCAAAUUGAAACUGCAACUCUAUUCUUCACUUAUCCAACUAGGCCCUGGUCUACACUAUGAGUUUAGGUCGAAUUUAGCAGCAUUAGA